AAUAGCGACACCCAUGCCUCGGUAACAGGAGACGACAACCACGGCUGGCGGCGCUGAAAGACCAUGGAAAGUUAGGUCAGUUCCCAGCCGCCAGCCAUCACAACGGCAUCGCGAAUUCACCCAUACAAUCCGUCCAUUCAUUCAUUUAUCCAUCCAUCCCCUCGCCGUCUUCGAGUCCUCGCCGAACCGUCCAGACUACCUGGAGCAGCAUCACACCCCUCGUACAGACAGUUACAAGAACCGAAUUCGGGCAUUCAACUCCACCGCCAUGGGCGACUCGGAAGAACACAAGGGCGCCGACACCCUGGCGUGGGAGAAAGCGACAGCCGACAACAACAACACAUCUCAACCUCAGACGCAGGCUCAGGCCCCGUCAACAUCGACAUCCUCAAAAUCCCAGCCCGCAGCCCAAACCUCUCCAGAAGCGCCCAAAGUCUCAGUCUCCCUCGAACAAGCCAGGAUAUUCCUCCAGGAUGCGCAGGUGCAAAAGGAGACGACAGAGCGCAAGGCCGCCUUUUUGAGGAGCAAGGGCAUCUCCCAGAGUGACAUCGACGAACUGCUGAAGGAGGACUGGAUUCGGGCGCAAUCAGAUAUGAGAGAAAUCCCCGUCACCAACGAAUCGUCAUCAUCGGCUUCGUCAAAGGUGGCUGCUGCGAUAACAACCACAACCACCCUCCCCAAGACAAAAGAACAACAUGUGCCCAUCAUCACCUACCCCGAGUUUAUGGCCGAGACGCACCGGGCGCCACCGCUAAUAACCAUGAACGGCGUCCUUAAUACGGCCUACGCCUUCAGCGGUAUCGCCGCCCUCGUCUACGGCGCCAACAAGUACGUUGUCGAACCCAUGCUCAACCAACUCACCGAAGCCCGCGUCGACUUCCACGACAACGUCAAGGACAACCUGGACCGGCUGGUCGAGAAGCUCGAGCAAACCGUGUCGGAGCUGCCUCCGGGCUACAAGGCGUCGGACGGCCGCGCCGGCCGCUACAAGGACGCUUACGACGACGACGAUGACGACGACAACAUGAGCACGUACGAGGACCCGACCGAGAUGUUCCACCGGGACGUUGGCAUCCAGACGUCGCCGCCGCCCACGCCGUCGGUGCGGGCCAUGUCGCUCCCUUCGCGCCCGGGCACAGCCAUGUCGGCCCGGUCUCUGUCGGAGAUCUACGAGGCGCACUCGCGGGCCCAGUCGCGCGCGGCGUCGGCCAUUUCCGAGCGGCACAUGAACCACACGCAGAAGCAGCAGAGGCGACUGGCGGAGCUGGUGACGUCGGUCAAGGAGAUCAACGAAGGGCUGACAUCGCAGUGCGAGGACUACGACGAGCUCAGGACAACGGUGGACGUAUUCCACGGCGAGCUGGAGCAGUUGGCGCUGCAGCACUACGACUUCACUGGAGGCUUUUCGUUGUACGGGUAUACCAAUAGGAGCGAGCCUAACGAUGAGAUCAAGAAGGCCAAAGAGAAUAUCAGACGGGUCAAGGGCGUGUUGCUCACCACGAGGACAUUUGCUACGCCUGCUCCUGGUGCCUCGGGGCGGUAGGAACGCAUGAGGCAGCAAGUGGCAGAUGCGCGGAAUGCUCGACGUGAUGGGAAGAAAGAAGGGGCGGAGUAAAUUAAUGAUGCUUUCCCCCCGUCAAGUCGGAUAUGGAGCAAAAGCAUGGAAUCAUUCACAAUCUGCUUUGAAGAUUCAAAACAAGCAAAACGCCAAGGUAUAAUCGAUAGAAGUAAGUAUUAGCCAGCGGUUAAUGACAUAAUUGUUGUUCUCUUACAAGUCGAACCAAAUUUCGACCGUGUUCGCCUCCGAUCCCAAAACUUGGAAAUGGAUCGCCGGAAUAACAUCCGCAAUUUCAAUAAAAAAAAAGCCCAAAUAACCUUGACGUUACUCUGUCAGCAACCACAAGUUACACCACAUUCUUACAAGAGGUGGC